AUGAAGCUGCUCUAUCUCACGUCGUUUGCAUCUCUAGCCCUGGCAAAUGGCCCAGGAUGGAAGCCCCCGGUUAAUCCUAAAGUCUUUCCUCAUAUGAUUAACUUGAGGGACCUGAUGCAUGGCGCUCAAAAGCUGGAAGACUUCGCCUAUGCCUACCCCGAGCGCAACCGCGUCUUUGGGGGACCGGCCCACGAGGACACCGUCAACUACCUCUACCGCGAGUUGAAGAAAACCGGCUACUACGACGUCUUCAAGCAGCCGCAGGUCCACCUCUGGACCAGAGCGGACCAGUCUCUCACCGUCGGGGGCGAGGCCUUUGCGGCCAGCACCAUGACAUACAGUCCCAGCGUGAAUGUCACAGCUCCGCUGGCGGUGGUGAGCAACCUGGGCUGCGUCGACUCGGACUAUCCCGCCGACUUAGAGGGCAAGAUUGCACUGGUCUCGCGGGGCGAGUGCCCCUUUGCGACCAAAUCCGUGCUAAGCGCCAAGGCUGGUGCGGUGGCUGCGAUCGUGUACAACAACGUCGAGGGUUCUCUGGCGGGGACACUGGGCGGCGCGACCAGCGAGCUGGGCCCCUACGCUCCCAUUGUCGGCGUCAGCCUCUCGCACGGACAAGCGCUGAUCAGCCUGAUCCAGACCGAUGCGGCCGUGGCCAGCCUGUGGAUCGACAGCCAGAUGGAGAACCGGACCACCUACAACGUGAUCGCGCAGACCAAGGGAGGCGACCCCAACAACGUCGUGGCGCUGGGCGGCCACACGGACUCGGUCGAGGCCGGCCCCGGUAUCAACGACGACGGCUCCGGCAUCAUCAGCAACCUGGUCGUGGCCAAGGCGCUGACCCGCUUCUCGGUCAAGAACGCGGUGCGCUUCUGCUUCUGGACGGCGGAGGAGUUCGGCCUGCUGGGCAGCAACUACUACAUCGCCAGCCUCAGUGCCACCGAGCUGGCCAAGAUCCGGCUGUACCUCAACUUCGACAUGAUCGCCUCCCCCAACUACGCCCUGAUGAUCUACGACGGCGACGGAUCGGCGUACAACCUGACCGGGCCCGCGGGCUCGGCGCAGAUCGAGCGUCUCUUCGAGGACUACUACAAGUCGAUCCGCCGGCCGUUCGUGCCCACCGAGCUCAACGGCCGCUCCGACUACGAGGCGUUCAUCCUGAACGGCAUCCCCGCGGGCGGUCUCUUCACCGGCGCGGAGGGGAUCAAGACGGAGGAACAGGCCAGGCUGUUCGGGGGCCAGGCGGGCGUGGCGCUGGACGCCAACUACCAUGCCAAGGGCGACAACAUGACCAACCUCAACCGCGAGGCCUUCCUGAUCAACUCCAAGGCCACGGCGUUUGCGGUGGCGACCUACGCGAACAGCCUCGAGUCGAUCCCGGUGCGCAAUAUGACCACCGUGGUCAAGCGGUCGACACGGGCCAGAUCCACGAAGAGGACUCCUCACGCGCAUGCCGGCGGACUGGGAUGCUACAAGGAUCGGGUGGAGGAAUGA